AUGUCAUGGGAAGUUGACGCCCUGGUCUCACUUCUUCUGCGGGAGCUUUGCGUCGCCUUCAUCAUCCUUGAGACCGGCUGCGCCAUCGGUGGCUUCUCCUUGCGUCGGAAGUGGUGGGUGCUCGGAGAGACAGGAUACGGUUUGGGAUGGGUCGAGCUGGCUGGAACUGUUCAACUUCGGGCAAGCAAGCUGCUGGGCUUCAACGACCUCAUAUUCGAGAUGAAACGCAAGGUCCGCACCGAGUACAUUCGCUCUGGACUCGAGCCCUCGCAAGAGCAGAUCAAGUCUUUCUUCGGUGGAGAGGCUCCGUUGGUAUCUGAUGAUGGGGAGGAACGUAUUGGCUGCCGCAAGGAUCAGAUCAUGCCAAACCGAAACGACCUGAUGUGGAUGGGGAUUGGGAUUGGUCUUCUUGUCUGGGGUGUUGCGUUGUCUGCUAUUGUUUUUCUGGUUUGA